AUGGAAAGAGUCUCAUUCCGCGUGAUAUUGCUUUUAACAUACUGGUUUUCAGUUAGAAAUCUUGUUAGUAGUGACUGUGGGUGUAACAAGCUGAAACACAAUGCAGAAGGGCAAGGAAUGCCUAAAGAACACAUUAUAUUUCCCACAGAUAAAGCAACGUUCAAUGAUGUGAAGUCGGACAAUUUAUUAGAAUUAGUCAAACAUUCUAAACAAUUCGAAGAUAUGAGCCUUAUUCCAGGUGGAGAAUAUCUCAUCGGCACAAACGACCCUAUCUUCGAAAACGAUCGGGAGGCACCGGCGCGUUCUGUUUCUAUUCAAGAAUUUUACCUCGAUCAAUACGAGGUGUCUAAUGAGCGGUUCCAGGAAUUUGUUGACCAAACCGGUUAUUUGACGGAAGCGGAGAAAUUUGGAGAUAGUUUCGUGUUCCAGCAACAGCUCAAGGAUGAGGUGCGAAAACAGUACGAAGACUUCCGUGUAGCCGCUGCACCUUGGUGGUAUAAAAUACGAGGAGCUUCUUGGAAAUAUCCUGAAGGAGAUCAGUCACGUGAUAUAAGCAAUCGAAUGAACCAUCCUGUCGUACAUGUCUCGUGGAACGAUGCUGUAGAAUAUUGCAAAUGGAAAGGAAAACGGCUUCCAACUGAGGCAGAAUGGGAAGCAGCUUGUCGAGGUGGCCGUAAGCAGAAACUAUUUCCUUGGGGCAACAAACUGAAUCCGAAGGAUCAACAUAUGAUGAACAUUUGGCAGGGCAAAUUUCCCGAAAACAACAAAGCGGAAGAUGGCUGCGAUUCUACCUGUCCAGUAAAAACCUUUCUGCAAAAUAGCUACGAUUUGUACGAUAUUGUAGGGAACGUGUGGGAAUGGACGGCAGAUUUGUGGGAUCCAAAGGAUGCGACCAGCAAACGAAAAGAUGGAGAUAAUCCUCCAAAUCGAGUGAAAAAAGGUGGUUCUUAUCUGUGUCACAUAUCCUACUGCUAUCGAUAUAGAUGCGCAGCCAGGUCACAAAACACCGAAGAUAGUUCAGCAGGCAAUUUAGGUUUUCGAUGUGCUGCUGAUCUUGAAUGAAUCACUGAUUGAUAUAUAUAAUAUAUUUACAUCAUCAUCUAAGUAAAAAAAAAUAAUGAAGUAAAUCUGUAAAA